AUGGCACAAGUCAGCAGAUUCUGCUUGCUCCUUGCACAAGUAGUCGCUGUGAUCCUCUAUCAUGUUCCAUCGGUUUCAGCCGGACAGCGCCGAAAGCCAGAGUCCUUGGAGAACAUUUGUGGGAAUUCUCACAGUGGAAUCGUUAAGGUCAACUCCACCGGACCGGGGUCCGUUAUCGAAGUGAGAACUCACAAUCGGGGACUUCCUGGGAGCUUCCACUGUGUCGUCAAGUUCACAACAACCUCGAACUCCUCGAAACUCGCGUACAGUAUUCAAGUGCUGGAUAUACCCCAUGCGUGCAAGUCGUACUUGAAGUUGUGGGGUGGCGACCAAACAGAAGAUCAGGUGACCAAGCUUUGUGACGAAGUAGACGAUCCUCGAGGCAAGACCGGCCGAACCUUCCGCGGAAACGUUUUCUAUUUGAAAAUGGUUACUCAUCGGGAUGACUGGGGAUUCGAUCGGAUCGGUUUCGUCAUCACAGUGACUGCCCUGCGGAUAAGCGCCUCAAAACGAUGUUUCCGCGACGAAGCAGCCUGUAGCGGAGGCGAUAGCUGUAUCUACCAUAAAUUCUAUUGCGACGGCAUCAACAACUGUGGAGAUGACUCGGAUGAAAAAUGUUUAUCCAACGUUCUGACUUUGGUGUCGAUAAUUUGCGGAGCCGUUCUCAUCACCGCCAUAAUUGCUGUUUUUAUCUACUACAUUAGACGCAAGCGGAGACUGAGACCCUAUGACAUGUCGAGAGCCACCAGCACCAAUAGCGUACAAAGCGAUACGUCGCUCUUCGGCACAGUACGCGAGACCUACUACAGGCCCCUGUAUCCUAUGGGUGAAGGUUUGAAGAUAAGACUCACAGAGCUCCCUAAAGAUCCCGAUGAGCCUUUCUUACCGCCUCAGUACAUUUCCAAUCGGAGAGAAAACAUUGGAGCUCGUCUGGGCGUCCCGAAUCGGGAGGUCACUACAGGAUCGAGUAAAUCCUUGGAGCAGCUGGACGAUUGCACCAAGAAACGUCGAAAACGGCUCGCAGGGACUCCACUCACCUCAAAGACCGACAAGAGUUGGAGGAUGUCGUUCCCACCUACGCGACGCCCUCAGAAGGAGGUGGCCAUCAUCAACGAAGUGGAUAUUCAAGAUCUCAAGAAUUUGAGUCGGGAAGGGGGCGAGAAGAAGAGGAUUGUCCUCCUGCCCCAAUAG